UACGUCAUACAUCUGCGCCUUGAGCAGCCUUGAGCAUUAAUGGCUACUGUUAGUUGAAAAGUUCGAGUCAUUCGUUAUUCAUAAAGUAGACAAAGGUCCAGUGUCUGUUAAUUCGUUCGUGAAAAUGGAAGAAAUUGGUAUCAUUUUACCUGAUAAGGAUGUUGGCGAGGUCGACUCUAAACCAGUAAUAGGUCAUUAUUCUGGUGCUGGAGAUGAGCUAGACGUGGAGGAUCUUUACACAAAGUAUAAGAAACUUCAAAGGAUGCUGGAAUUUUUGGAAGUACAAGAAGAAUAUAUUAAAGAUGAACAACGUAAUUUAAAGAAAGAAUAUCUCCAUGCUCAAGAAGAAGUUAAGCGUAUCCAAAGUGUCCCAUUGGUCAUUGGUCAAUUUCUUGAGGCUGUUGAUCAAAAUACUGGCAUAGUUGGCUCUACAACUGGCUCAAACUAUUAUGUGCGCAUCUUAUCGACUAUAGAUCGUGAAUUAUUGAAGCCAUCAGCCAGUGUAGCUCUUCAUAAACAUAGUAAUGCUCUUGUUGAUGUUCUACCUCCUGAAGCAGACUCUAGCAUUUCUAUGCUUCAAGCAGAUGAGAAGCCAGAUAUCCAGUACAGUGAUAUUGGAGGUAUGGAUAUGCAGAAGCAAGAGAUUCGAGAGGCAGUAGAAUUGCCACUGACUCAUUUUGAGCUCUACAAGCAAAUUGGUAUCGAUCCACCUAGAGGUGUUCUUAUGUAUGGGCCACCAGGAUGUGGGAAAACAAUGUUAGCAAAAGCAGUUGCUAGACAUACCACUGCUGCCUUCAUUCGUGUGGUGGGUUCUGAAUUCGUCCAGAAGUAUCUCGGAGAAGGUCCACGAAUGGUGCGGGAUGUAUUCCGUCUUGCUAAAGAAAACUCACCAGCCAUUAUUUUCGUUGAUGAAAUCGACGCUAUAGCUACUAAACGAUUUGAUGCUCAAACUGGAGCCGAUCGUGAGGUCCAGCGUAUCUUGCUGGAGUUACUAAAUCAGAUGGACGGCUUUGAUCAGACUACUAAUGUUAAAGUCAUUAUGGCUACUAACCGGGCCGACACUUUAGAUCCUGCUCUUUUACGACCUGGCAGAUUAGAUCGUAAGAUCGAAUUUCCGCUUCCGGAUCGUCGUCAGAAACGUCUUGUUUUUUCGACCAUCACAGCCAAGAUGAACUUGAGCGAGGAAGUUGAUCUAGAAGAUUACGUAGCACGGCCAGACAGAAUUUCUGGCGCUGAUAUUAAUGCUAUUUGUCAAGAAGCAGGUAUGCAUGCUGUACGUGAAAAUCGUUACAUCGUUCUGGCUAAAGACUUCGAAAAGGGCUACAAGAAUAAUAUAAAGAAAGACGAAUCAGAGCAUGAGUUUUAUAAAUAAAAUUUUUAUUCAAUUCUGUAAUCCGAUAUAUGUAUGCGGAAAGUCGCAAUAAAUUUAACAAAUACAG